UCAUCCCAUCUGCUGCUCCAAGAUGAACGUAUUCCAAGGUUGUGUGCUUUUCCUCGUGGGCCUGGUCCUCAGCGGUGUGGACGCUCAGAUCCCAACCCGUGCGCAAACCCCGGAGGACAAGGCCUGCGGCCCAGGACGCUACUACCACUUCGCCCGCCACACCUGCUGGCCCUAUUAAAGCUGUCAGAGGAGCACAAACGAAGAAUAAAUAUGUCAAAUAUUUAUAUCCGACGGGGUGACAGGCCCAAUAAAACGGUGUGAAGCACAAACUACAA